CGGAAAGUGUCACCAGCAGCGCCGCACCCGCACCCAGAUCAAAAAAAAUUGCUGCCCGCGCCGCGCGGCCAAGCCGUCAAGGCCAACGAUCCGAUGCGCGCGUCGCGGAGCCACCUGCCUGCGACCGGCGACGUCGACGCCCUCCUCCGCCUCGUGGCCGCCUGCCGCGCGCCCGCUCACCUCCCGUCCCUUCGCGCCGCGCACGCUCGCCUCCUUCUGCUGCUCCACCCAUCCCAUCCCUCCGCCGCGCCCGCCCGCGUCAAGCUCAUCCAGGCCUACGCCGCCUGCUCCGCGCUCCCCGCAGCCCACGCCGUGCUCGAGUCUUCCUGCCCCCUCGAUCGCGGCGGCACCACCACCACCGCCGUCUGCUUCAACGUCCUCAUCCGCGCGCUCACCGCCGCAUCACUCCAUCGCGACGCGCUCCGCCUCUUCGUCUCCAUGCGGCCGCGGGGCCCCGCCUGCUUCCCCGACCACUACACCUACCCGCUCGCGCUCAAGUCGUGCGCGGCGUCGAAGGAACUCCUCCUCGGCCUCCAGAUCCACUCCGCCGUCGCCAAGCUCGGCCUCGACGCGAACCGCUACGUGGCGCACUCGGCGAUCAGCAUGUACGCACGGUGCGGCCGCCCGGAGGACGCGUACAGGGUGUUCGACGGAAUGCAGCACCGGGACGUCGUCUCCUGGAACGCCAUGAUCUCUGGGUUCGCUCGCGCGGGUUUGUUUGAACGUGCGGUGGAGGUUUUCAAGGAGUUUGUGGCACUGCAGUGUUCAAUCCCCGAUGCCGGUACAAUGGCAAGCAUCUUGCCAGCUAUGGGGAAUGCCAAGGCAGAGGACAUAUUAUUCGUCAGGAAAGCAUUUGACGAGAUGCAGUUUAAAGAACUUAUUUCUUGGAAUGCAAUGCUCGCUAUAUAUGCUAACAAUGGGUACCAUGUUAAGGCUGUUGAACUGUUCUUGAGGAUGGAAAAGGACGGGAUUGGGGUCAAACCUGAUUCAGUGACUCUGGCAACAGUUCUUCCUCCAUGUGGGGAGCUCUCAGCAUUUUCGGUGGGAAAACGGAUCCAUGAGAAUAUCAAGAGGAAAAUGAUGCUCCCUAACUUGUUGCUUGAAAAUGCUCUAUUGGACAUGUAUGCUAACUGUGGAUGUUUGAAGGAUGCUAGGGAGGUCUUUGAUUCCAUGAGUGCACGGGAUGUGAUAUCGUGGACUUCAAUCAUAUCUGCUUAUGGCAAGCAUGGUCAUGGAAGAGAGGCUGUUGAUCUUUUUGAGAAGAUGCUAGGACAGGGUCUGGAACCUGACUCUAUUGCCUUCGUUGCUGUUCUCGCAGCAUGCAGCCAUGCUGGUCUUUUGGAUGUUGGAAAGCGCUACUUCGGUUCUAUGACAUCCAGGUAUCACAUAACUCCUAAAGCAGAGCACUAUACUUGCAUGGUGGACCUUCUUGGCCGCGCUGGUUGUAUAAGUGAGGCAUAUGAUUUCAUCACGACAAUGCCUAUUGAGCCAAAUGAAAGAGUCUGGGGAGCCUUAUUACAAGCUUGUCGAAUUCACUCUAAUAUGGACAUUGGGGUUGUGGCAGCAGACAGUUUAUUCCGAUUGGUACCUGAACAAACAGGAUAUUAUGUGCUAUUAUCUAAUAUGUAUGCUAGGGCUGGGAGAUGGGCUGAUGUUACCUCGGUGAGAAGUGUCAUGGCAAACAAGGGUAUCAAGAAAUUGCCUGGUGCUAGCAUUGUUGAGCUAGGGGAUCGGGUUCACACAUUUCAUAUUGGUGAUAGAUAUCACCCACAAUCUGAAAUGAUCUAUCAGAAAUUGGAUGAGCUAUUGGGAAGAAUUAGGGGAAUGGGUUAUAACCCAGAGGUGGAGGCCACACUUCAUGAUGUUGAAGAAGAAGACAAGGAGGGUCAUCUUUCAGUUCACAGUGAGAAAUUGGCUAUUGCAUUUCUCCUAAUAAACACUAGUCCAGGGACACCUAUCAGGGUAACUAUGAAUCUCAGAACAUGUGGUGAUUGCCAUUUUGCUGCAAAGCUGAUCUCAACAAUCACCAGUAGAGAGAUUAUCCUCAAAGACACCAAUAGGAUCCACCAUAUAGUACAAGGAGCUUGCUCAUGUGGGGAUUAUUGGUAGAGGAUUUAGGAUUAUCAUAUACACGGGCUGUUGAGUCAAGCGUGACUAUUGAAGAGAAAGGAUCUUUGCUCUUUCAAGCACAAAGCCUCAAUUCACCUGUCGUCAACUUGUGCCUGAUUGGAUUGAAAGGAUGAUAGCUAUGUGGAUCGAAUCUGUCACAGAAUUGCAGCAUCUGGGUUCUAACAGAGUCAAAAAGAAAAUAAAAGCCUACCUAGGCGUAAGCACUUGCAAAAGCAAUCUAUCAGAAAGACUAAACAGAAGUACAUAAAUCAAUUAUCAGCUUUCAAUUGUUAUUCAACUUUUGUGAAGCAGAUGCGUAUAAUGGAUUAAUGGGUGGACAUCUAGCACUAACUUAUACGAGAACAUUCAGCAUUUGUCUGCUCAAUUAUACCUGCCUAUCAUCUUCCAACUGAACAAGAACCUGUGGAACAGAGAUGUUCAGGAAGCUUGCAAGCAAUGAUAUGCCACUACUUCUUUAAAGUGUCAGUUUCUACCGUCCCAACAAAUCUUAGGAACAACAGUCACAGAAGCUAUUACCCCUUGGCUCAUGCUAAGAAGUGACAUGACUGUCAAUCAGCAUCCCACGCAGUUCUCCUCUAUUCGCUCCCAAGAAAAUCACACUAUAUACAUGGCAGUCCAUUUUGCAAUAAUGCAUCCUAUAUUCCUAUUAGAUAGUCAGGACAGGCAAGCAGUUCUAGAGUGAAAACUAAAAAGGAUUUCUAUCAUGUUGUCUGCGGCAGGAAUCCAAGGCAUGCACUUCUCUUUUCUAUCACUACUUUGUUGUGGUCAUUUGAGUUUGUCAUGAUUGCAGGUUGUGUGUCCAUGUCAGCUUGCAAAUCGUGCUUAUUUAGCAUUCCACGUUGAAGUACAAAAAAAUCACAGCUUAUCUUUCAGUACCUUUAUUAUGUGAAUUUAACUUACAAAAUUCAUGUUGCUUGAAUAAAUGCACGGGAAUAUAUAAUUAUCAGUACUUUUCAGCAAGACAUUUCCAAAUGAAAUGUAAUUUUCUGGGCACUAUACUUUCUCUAAUCAUCCAUGCGUUUUUAUUUUAAUUUGUGGCCUUAAAAAAUAUUGAGUGUCUAAUGGGUAAAAUAGGGCAUAUGAAAAAGAUGGUUUGUACCAGGUCAACAAACAAAGGUAGUGUGGGAUUAAGGUGAAAAACUGGAAGUGUAUCUUCUUGUAUGGUCGAUGAUGUGAACAGUAAACACUAAUCAGCAUCAUUAGCUGCAUAAACUUUGAAGCUCUAUUGCUGCAAGGACGCAGAUCACAUCCCUCCCAACACCGAAACAGCGGAAACCUCUCCAGCUGACCUCCGCUUAGCACUUGUGGCUCCGACAGAUGCUGUCGACAACCUUGCUUGAUUUCUCCAGUAUGGUUACACAGCUCACAUUGAUCAGAAGGUUCCUAAACUGAUGAUCCAUUAUGAUUAUGUGAAAAAGAAGCUGGCUAUUGCACAUGAAAUUGAUUUGAUUCCCCCUGAAGGCUGCACCUGAUAGCAAUCAACUCAGAUGACUCACAUGUAGAUGGACACGGUGCCGUCAGUAAGAUAUGUUGAAACCAGACUAUUAGUGUUGACUGUUGAUACCUUUUUUUUAUCAUAAAUGUUCUACAAUGUGUCCAGUGUUUAUUGCAAAACCAGUUUAAUGUAUCCAGCAUCCUGAUACACUGAAAUGUGCCAUGAGCUGCCUAACUGCAGAAGUAGUGCAGUAUUUGAACGAGUGAAAAUGGCAUUUUCUGUUUGUUCUA